AUGAUGCUCGGAGAAGAGUCUGAAUCCGCAGACUAUUGGAAAAAAUGCGGCGAUGAUGCAAAUGCCUAUGGUAUUAAAGGCGUGAUAAUGAUGGGUGCUCAUUGGGACUGCGUUGGCACAAACAAAAUCGAAGUCUCUAUGAAACCUCACCCCGGAAAGUCACCAGUAGCGUACGUCAAAUCGUCCAAGUAUAUGGACUAUGAACUUGUUUCCGACUUGAAGACUGGCGAAAAGUGCAUCGAGGCGUUGUCGGCCGAAGGUUUGGAGGUAACCGGCAAUGAUGAAUUUGACUGGAUCCACGACACAUAUCUAAUUCUAAUUCGAAUGUUUCCCAACAAAUGCCCACCAACAACUAUUAUCUCCAUGAAUGCUCGGUACGAUCCGCACUUCCAUGUGCGAGUGGGUGCGGCUCUCCGCCCUUUUCGAGAACAGGGCUAUCUUCUUAUCGGUACCGGAGGGGCAGUUCAUAACCUGUACCGCAAUGUUUGGAGUCCCAUGACGAAAUAUCUUGACAAUUUCGCCCAGGAGACGCCCCCAGGAGACUGGGCCAUGGACUUCCGGCAGGCCGUCGAAGACGUGAUUUCGAAUAAUAGUGGGCCUAGUCUACGCCGUGCAAUGACGCGCUUGAUGAAACAUCCGAAAUUCAGGGAUGCUCAUGGCAGUGAUGAUCAUUUUAUGGCUGCUCUGUUUGUGGCAGGGGCUGCCGGCAGUGAGGACGACAAGGACUCAUAUGGAAAGCUAAAAGCAGAGACGUGGGAGCUUACGAACAUGUGCAAUUCGCACCCACUGUCGGUGACAGACGCAGCGCCCACCUCCGAGUGUCCCAUAGGGAGUGACAAUAAUUUUGGGCCGCGAAUUUCUGUGGGCUGUCGCUCGUUUGACUUUGCCCUGUUGUUUGAAGAUUCCUUCUUUGUCCUUCUACCAGCCGCCGUCUUCUUGCUUCUCUUACCAUCCCGUUGGCGUCAAUUGCAGCAUCAAGCGGUCAAAGUAGUGGGAUAUAAGCUCGCGAUUCAGAAAUUGAUACUUCUGGCCACUUUAUUCAUUCUCCACGUUGUCUACACGGCUUUCCAAGCCAAAUCCCCGGCCCUUCGAACAGGAGCAUCUAUCCCCGCUGCUGUGAUCAACAUUGCCGCCACUCUCGCAGCCAUAUGGACAUCAUUUCUAGAAGACCAACGCUCCAUUGCGCCGUCUUAUAUCCUUGUGCUCUACUUUUCCUCCGCGAGUCUUCUAGCAUUGCCGCGACUGCGGUCACUCUGGUUGAUCGCAGGUGAGGAUGGGGUCACCGUUUGCCGCGGUCUUUGGACCACAAUCUUCAUCGUCACGGUCCUGGUUUUAUUUGCGGAGUCUGCAAGCAGGUUCACAUCAUUGCAGCCUCUGUAUCAGCUGCGUAACAGAGAAGAGCGCAGCGGUUUCUGGGGUCGAAGCUUUUACGUUUAUUUGCUUCCCUUGCUCAAAGCGGGUAAUUCCAAGGUGCUCGAGGUUGAUGACUUGCCAGAAGUCGAUGCUGAACUUCAGGGCGAAGAUUCAGGAGAUAGACUACGGCGGCAAUUUGCGACAAGGCGUGCAUCAGGCAAGAAUAUACUAAUUAGGGCUGCAUUUGCUGCUUACAGGCCUAUUUUCCUUUGGGCAAUUCCGUCUCGUCUUGCUCUCAGUGCUUUUAGCUUCUCACAGCCUUUCUUAAUUACUACCACUAUCAAUUUCAUGGGGGCCUCCCCAACCCCAGAGAAUAAAAAUUAUGGGCCAUCGCUAGUUGGAGCAUAUAUUCUCGUGUACUCUGGCAUUACUAUCUCAACCGCCGUCUACUGGAGACAAACCAAUCGCCUAAUCUCUGUUUUGCGAGCUGGCCUAGUAUCUAUGAUCUACGAUAAAACACUUGGCCUUCAGCCUGAGGAUCUAGAAAACUCGGCGGCUGUGACACUUAUGGGCACUGAUAUCGAGCGAAUUGCUUAUAACCUAAGAACGGUUCAUGAACUAUGGGCGUCUAUUGUCGAAAUUGCCAUAGCCCUAUGGCUUCUAGGACGUCAGGUCGGCGUGGCUUGUGUUAUUCCAUUGGUGAUUGCACUAGUCUGCGUAGGAACAAUGAUUCCUAUCUCCUCUCGAUCUGGUGUUGCUCAGAAGGAGUGGAUCGAGCGUGUACAGAAGAGAGUGGCCAUUACAUCGACCAUGGUAGGAGAUAUUAAAGCCAUGCAAAUGCUAGGCCUCUCAAAAGCCUUAUCGACAAUUGUGUCGAAGCUUCGACAGAUUGAAGUGCAGACUUCUUUACGAUUCAGAAAACUCCUUAUCUGGCAAGUUGUCAUUUCAAAUGUACCGCUUGAUUUCACUCCAUUUGUGACUUUGGUAAUCUACGCUGGCAUUUCAGUCUCCAAGAAUGACGAAUCUUUACUUUCCGCUCAAGCUUUCACUUCUCUCGCUCUUAUAUCUCUCCUCACGUCACCUCUUCUUCAAUUUUGCCAAGCCAUUCCGUCGUUUAAACAAGCCAUUUCCUGCUUCGAUCGGAUUGAAGAGUAUUGCAACAAGGAUUCGGACUACGACCCACAGGAUCUCGCUUCUCCUAGCUCUGAUUCGAGUGACCUUGAAUUACAUAAUAUCUUGACUCCUCCGCCGAUCGCCUCAUCAUUGAUCUCGUUUCAGGAUGCAGCAAUUUCAAGGUCUCCCACUUCGCCACCAAUUCUAAACAACCUUAAUUUUGAGAUUCGUCGUGGCAUAACUGCUAUAAUUGGACCAAUUGCUAGUGGGAAAACAACCCUGCUUGAGGCUAUGCUAGGCCGUCAUGUCCUUCAAGGAAGUCCCGCGCCUAUCCCCAUAUCUCGUGCCGCCUAUACCCCACAAACUCCGUGGAUUAUGAAUACGACAAUCAGAGAAAAUAUUAUUGGAACAAAUGAGUUUGAGCAAAAGUGGUAUGACUUUGUGGUAUCCUCCUGCGGCCUUGAAGAUGAUUUGAAGAAUCUCUCUGGUGGCGACCAACGAUUGGCGGGAAGCAAAGGGGCAUCUCUAAGUGGUGGUCAGAAACAGCGUGUGGCCUUGGCCCGAGCUGUCUAUUCCAAACUUGACUUGCUUGUUUUUGACAGCCCGUUUAGUGGACUCGACUCUAGUGUUCUAGAAACAAUUACACAGCAACUAUUCAGUGAAGAUGGACAUUUCAAGCAAGCGGGGCGGUCAGUGGUUCUAGUGACCAACAAUUGUGAGAAUAUUCAGUCCGUGCUGCAUGCCAUUACUAUUCUAAUCCGUGUAGACCAAAUCCUCUCUCAUGCAGACGACAUCAUUGUCUUAGAUAAAGGAACGAUAUUCGCCCAAGGUCCAUAUGCUGAUAUAGUAACUGAUAUGCCUCAUAUCUUCAGCAAACUCCAACUGAAUACACCCGAGGAGCAAGUCGAGCUCCAGCCUGCUCCUCAGCAACUAACCAUUGAACGCUCGCGCGAGGAGUUGGAUGAAUAUGAGGAAAAUUUGAAGACAAAAAACUCUACAUUGGCACAAAACGGCUCUUGGUCGGUUUAUUCAUACUAUAUCGGAGCCGCUGGUUGGACCUUAUUUAUAUUCUCACAGGCAGCAAUUAUGGUAUCGUGUUUUUCUUCUAGCUUCUCCUGUUACUAUCUGGGUCCAGUGGUGGGUCGACGCAAAUACCGAGAAACCAAAUCAACGCCUUGGUCUCUAUAUCGGGGUUUACGGAGUAUUGACCUUUUCAUCAAUAUUUGGGAUCGCAGCGUGUUGCAGGCUAUAUAUAAUAGACAUGCUCUCCCGAACUUCUCUGAAAUUACACGCCGAUUUGCUGAAUGCUGUGCUAGGGUAACAUUGAACUGGUCGCAAAAAUUCAGCCAGGAUUUGGAACUAAUGGAUUUGAUGUUUCCUACAUAUUACCUAAACUUCAUUGAUGCCCUGGGCAGUUUGACCGUUAAAUUGAUCAUAAUCUGCGUGGUUGGCAAAUAUCUCGCCACUUCAGUGCCUUUCGUUGCUGUUGUGGUUUAUUUCAUCCAGUCCUUUUAUCUCCGCACCUCACGCCAGAUCCGCAUCAUGGACAUCGAGGUGAAAGCACCGCUAUACACACAAUUCCUUGAAACCAUUGACGGAGUCGCCUGCAUUCGUGCUUUUGGCUGGAGGUCUACAUUCCGUGCGCGCAGUCAACACAGACUCAAUGAGAGCCAGAAGGCGUUUUACAUGUUUUGGAGCAUUCAGCAAUGGCUUCAACUUGUUAUUAAUUUAUUGGUCGGCGCGAUUGCAGUUAUUUUAGUCGCAACGGUCACCUCGUUGAAAUCGCAAUUUAAUGCGGCCAGUGUCGGAGUCGCGUUAAACUUGCUUCUAUCGUUUAAUGAAAAUUUGACGCGGGCGAUCAAGAUGUGGACUAUGGUUGAGAUGAGUAUUGGUGCCGUCACUCGCAUCCAGACUUUCUCGAAGGAUACGCCAAGAGAGGAAGAGCAGACAACAGGUCUUCUCGACGAAUCAACAAGGGAUUGGCUUCAAAAGGGCGAUGUUCAGUUUCACAACAUCAGUGCGGGAUAUAGUACCUCGCCGAGCACUAUUCUCAGGAACAUUUCUCUUAAAAUCCGGCCCGGCGAAAAAGUUGCAGUCUGCGGCCCUUCGGGUUCGGGGAAAACAUCUUUUAUAAUGGCCAUUUUGCGCAUGCUAGAUAUACGCGCAGGAGAAAUAAAGGUGUCUGGCACUGAUAUUACAACAGUCCCGCGCUCACUACUCCGUAGUACCAUCAAUGUUAUUCCGCAAGAGCCACUACUUCUUCCCGGCACCAUCCGCUUCAAUCUCGAUCCACAAGGCCUCGCUUCCGACGACAAAAUUGAAUACGCAUUAACAAAAGUUGACAUGUGGAAACUCGUGCUGUUGAAGGGUGGCCUGGAUGCGGAGUUGGAAGUCCAACAUUGGUCAGUUGGACAAAAGCAGCUAUUUGAAUUGGCUAGGGCGAUUGUCGUGCAGAGUCCUAUUCUAAUCCUAGACGAGGCUACGAGCAGCAUGGACUGGGAAACCGAAUCAACAAUGCAGUCUGUCAUCGAAACCGAGUUUGCCGAGCAGACUGUCAUUGCUGUGAUCCAUCGCUUUCGAUACAUCGAUCGAUUCGACCGAGUUUUACUAUUGAAGCAUGGCUGCCUGGUGGAAAACGGCGAUCCAACCUCUCUGCUGGCUGCAGACUCGGAGUUUCGGAAAUUGCAUCAGGCGUGGAAGAAGGAGUAG